AUGCUUUUUUUCGUCUAUUACGGUCGUCUUUUGGAAGCAGAGGGGGAUGAUGAUGAAGAAGAUGAAGAAGACGAGGCGGCAACUACACGACAGCGUCGUAAGGGGAGCCGACAAUCAAUCCUUCAAAGCGUCAAGCUACCCGCAGUUGAUAAUUUUAGAGAAGAAGAGCCUGGGACUUCCAGAAUGUCUAAAGAUAACAGUACUCUAAAUGCUGCUGGAGACGUUGAUGAAGAUUAUGAGCGCAAGCUGUACUUUACAAGCAUACUUAGUGAACUGGAGGCAGAUGAGGAGGCAGAUGAUGAUGAUGAUGAUGAUGAUGAGGAGGAGGAGGAUGAAAAUGAUGCUGAGGAUUCGCGAAUUUAUCGAAUUGGAAGGGCCAAACGUCGUAUCGACCCUCCUGACGCGAUACAAGCCAAAAUAGGUGAUUUUAUAUGCAUUUUUUAUCAUUUAGUUUAA